CUGAAACUCAUUUCACACAUGAUCGCUUAGCGAUGUAUCUAAACAAUAAAUAUGAUUGACCAAAUAUGGCCUGGAUACUCACAAAAUUAAAAUUGCUUCAGUUUUUGUAAGAAGCUGCACGUUUCAACGGAUAAUACAGAGAAAGACAUCCAUAUUUUAUGUCAAGUCUUACACAACUUGUAGAAAUUUUCCUUUCUUCUACGGUAAUGUAAGAGUUAAUGUUGGUUGACAUCGACCUGGGUUUCAAUUAUUUAAGCCUUCAUAAAGACCUAGCCACGAAACGUAUCAUACGGAGAUUUGCGACCAGAUAAACGAUUUACAAAACGAGAUACCUUUAUUAAACGAAAUUUUGCUAUCUCGAUAAAAUGGAUCAAUUCUCUUACAAGAACAAGGCUGACAAAGAUAGUAGGAAUAAUUACGUUGACGAUUUUGUGCCAAGUUUAAAUAAUGUAAGCAUGCCAAUGGCUACCCACGAUAAGCAAGAUUCAGAUGAAAGUGUUACUGAUAAAUACAAUGGCAGUUUAAGUUCUGUCGACAGAUCUUUAUAUGAAUGUCAAGUGAAUUAUUUAGAGAGUCCAAUGCGAGUGAUGAGUAGUCCAAGCAAACAAUAUGUGUCUGAACUUUACCACAAUCUUUCGGAUGCGAACAAGCCUGAUUUACUGGAUCUCUUUGAAAAGCAUCUAGGAAGCGUUGUUGAGGAUAUAAAGUCAAGGACUGCUGAAAAUCAACGAUUGGAAGAAGCUCUUAAACGGGCAACACACCAGCAUGCAAAGCAGGUUCAUAACUUGGAUCGAGAGGUCGAGCAGCAGAUGGAGAGAUUGGAGGCAAAAGUUCGUCAAGAGGAAAAGUCAUUUUUUGAAAAGAAACUAGCUGAUUACAAAUUGCUGCUUGAAAGUAAAGAGAAAGAAAUUUCAGCCAUGAGCAACGCGUUGGAAACUCUGGAAACAAAACUUGAUAAUGAAACAAAAAAACCAAACUUCGAUAAAGAUAAAUAUGAAAAUGUUACUGAAGAAAAUCGUUUUCUGAAGAGUCAAGUUAUUGAUUCUCAAACGACGUUAGCUUUACUUCGUAGUGAAAUGGCUGAACUAAAAAGUCAGUUUGUUGAACAAUCAGAUCAGUUACAAAAGGAACAAAACACUGUACAGACAUUUGUUGACGAACAGGAACAUUUGACCAGACAAUUGAAAUUGCUUCAUGAAGCGAAUCAGCGACUUCAAGAUAUUAACGAUGAACUGCGUGCAGCUUUGGAGGAAAGGAGAAAUUCAUCUGCGUAUCAAACACAAAAUUCUCUUGAAGUUAUGAAACUCUCUGGGCUCUUUUCAGACGUUAAUGACAACGAGGAGGAUUUACCACUUUUAAACCGCAGAAAUACCUUUCCUCGUAAGAGGCGGAAUAGAUUUUCUCUUGACGCCAAUCCUGUGGAGUUUCACAACAACACACUCAACGAAGACUCGCUCUUCACGGAAAUAAAUCAUGCUAGUACGCCGGUAAAGUCAGCUUUGAUUGAUGAAGAAGAUGAGAAAUCUUACGAAACGCUUACGUCGACAUCCCACACAGCUGACGUAAAAAAACAAAUUCAAAUACUUGAGGAUACAAACAAAAGACUUGGUAAUAGUAAUGAUGAGUUAAGAACAGCUUUGAAGAUGCUAGCAAGAAGUGCAAGCUUUCGCAAACCAAAAAGAUCAUCAUCCUUAACUAGACGUGCUAUGAGCUCUCAUAGUGAUUACAGUUCCUUAUCAAGCAACCGUAGCAGUCGAAGUUUUUCUCCAAAAAAAAAAAGUUCAUCAAAUUUUGAUGUUGGUGAGGCGACAGAUGAGUCGACCACAUAUGACGUUGACGAGGAAGAGCGCAUAGGAAAUAAUGUCGUCAGAAUAAUCAAAGAAUUGCUUCUACGUUGUUAUCAGUCAAAAGAUCAACAACAUGUCACCAAAAAUAAUGCUAAUAAAAACGAGAACACUGGAAAAGAUAAUUGUGAAAUAACUAUGGAUGAUUCAAACAAUUAUUUUGCGGAAAUGGGUACAGAAAUAAGAGGAAGUUCAUCAAUGUUUAAGGAACAUACUUUGACAGGUGAAAACUACUCAGCACGUGACUGCUUGUCAAGUGGAAAAAGUUUACAAACCAAUUGUAAAAGCAUGGAUUUGCUUAACGUUGAAAAUAUUUCAAAUGUGGACAUGGAAAUGACCGAAAAUUUAGAGGAAACAAAUGAUUUUCAUAUGAAAUCAUGCAAUUCCUUACAACAUAAAAGAAAAAAUGAUAAAAGGAAUGAAGAUUUCAAUGAAAGUGUAGAUUGUUACAAUAAUUAUGACGAAGAUUAUUCGACUAAUAUUUAUAGUAAUAAAAAUAACAACGGAGAAUCAAGCUACGAAAGUUUAGAGAAAUUUAAUGGUGAAUAUGACAUAAACCCAGAUCACACAAAUUUGAAGGAAUACAUAAAUGAUGGCAAUGAAAAAGCAAAUGAAACAGCAGAUGUAGAGAAACAAAAGAAACGUAUGAAUGAUGUCUGUAAAAAAUUGAACGAUUAUCAAAGCAACUUGUGUCAAAGCUCUUUGGGUGAAUUAAAUCUUAUGAAAGAAAAAGACAGUAACAGAAAUGACCAUGUGGAUGCCAAUGAUAAAGAUGUUGAAGGAAAAAAUGAAGAGAAAAGUUAUGAAUUCAUCGAAAUUUCACCAACUUUGUGUCAGGACUCUAGUGAAGUCUUGGAAUCAUCGUUAGACGAUGAAAAUGAAAUAUUUAACGAUGAAGGAAUAGAAAAUAAUCAUCGAGAAAAAGAUACAUUCUGGUGUAACAGAUCUCCAAAGAACGCAUCAAGAGAUUUAAUGAAAAAUAGGGAAACCACAGAAGAAACGAAUGAACAAUAUGUUGAUGGGGUAGAAAAUACUUUUAGUAGCAUUUCUGAAGAAGAAAGUAUUUCCUCCAGCGAGGAGGAAACGUCUGAUUCAACUGUUGAUCAAAUAAAGGAUAGCAGUGCUACAAUGAACUCAGAGACAAUUGCUGAACUCAACACUCAGAUCAGAGAUGAAAUGAUAGAACAUAAAAAACAGAUGAUAAAAUCAAACAGCCAAUCAAGAAGCGACUUGGAUGACGAUGAUGAUGGUGAAGAAAUGAAUUCUACUGAAUUAGCAGAACUGGUCGCUAUGGCAUCUGACUUGACUGACAUAACAGACUCUGAUGAUGAAGAAGAGGUAAACGAUGGAAUGAAUAAAACAAGUCAGACGUCCUCAAUGACCGCUAGUUUAACCGCAAGUUAUUGUACCCCUGAAAGAAUGUAUAAACUAGUGUUGGCUGGUGAUGCUGCAGUGGGAAAAUCAAGUUUUAUUCUUCGACUUUGUAAAAAUAAAUUUCAUUCUAGUUUGAAUGCAACUUUAGGAGUUGACUUCCAAGUGAAAAAUGUGAAAGUAGAUUCCAAGACCAUCGCUCUUCAACUAUGGGACACAGCCGGUCAAGAAAGAUUUCGCAGCAUUGCAAAAUCCUACUUUCGUAAAGUCGACGGUGUCCUUUUACUUUAUGACGUUACAUGUGAAUCUUCUUUUGUUCAUAUUCGAGAUUGGAUCGCAACAAUUGAGGAAUGUUCACAUAAGAAAGUUCCCAUCAUGAUUUGUGCAAAUAAAUGUGAUCUGCGAGAGGAAUAUAUAAAAGAAGGAAGAAAAGUUGUCACUAAAGAAAGUGGUUUACGUCUUGCUAAAUAUUAUGACGCGCUAUUUAUUGAAAUUAGUGCCAAAGAUGGCCAUCACAUCGAAAAAGCUUGCAAAGAUCUUUCUCGAAUUCUUACGUCUUUGGAAAAUGAAGAGAUUGAACAAAGUGGACUGAAACUCGAGAGAAAAGAGAAAGAUAAGAAAAAGCUGCCAUGUUGUACAUCGUAAUUUUUACUGUUUAACUAAGACAUGUGAAAAAGGCGAAUUUAUAGGAACACAGGCUUACACAUCUGCUUCUAUGUUGUAGAUAUUUUAAUGUGUUGUAGAUAUUUUUGUUUUCAUAACAAAAUUUUAUUGAUUUUCUUCAAUCUUUAUAAGAAAAAGAUGUUCAUA